AUGCCAUUCAGACAAGCACUUCAGGGUAUUAUCAACAAGGCAGACAAGGCCUGGGGGGAAAUAAGCCAUCAAUCCCCCGAGUCAGCCAACCAGCCACCACCUAUUCCAACCUCUACCAAACCACCACCAGCCUAUCAACAAGGGCAACACUCACAACCCCAAAUCUACUGGCAGCCCAACCUACACCCCGAAGCACCAGUAUCCACCAAUUUCUACCACGAACAAGGCCAACAUGGCUGGGGCAACAACGAAUCCCAAAACUACAUCUCCAGCCCGCAGAACUCCUUCCACUCAAACUCAAACCAAGGCGAUGCCGUGAUCGUCCGCGCCCUAAUCAACCACGGCCAUCCAGACCCUGGCCAAAAAUUCACCAGCGCCAGACUCUCAAGCCACCAAACCCUCAGCCGACCACGAGGCUGUCUAUCGGCCAGAAUCACGGCGCCCGUGGCCCGUGGUAUCUGGCCCGCCUUUUGGCUGCUGCCUAAAGACCCCUUCAAGUGGCCUGAGGACGGCGAAGUCGAUAUCAUGGAAGCGUGGAAUGGCGAUGCGGUUAAUCAUACCUGUUUGCAUUGGGGCCACUUUAACGGCGAGGACUGGAACAAGCAUCGUGUGCUGGAAACUCCCAUUCCUAAUAUUAGUUCGCCGGGGGGCGUGAGGUAUGAUUUUAUUUGGGAUGAGGAUGAAUCGACGGGCCGGGGGCGUUUGGUCUGGCUGAUUGAUGGGAGGCCGAUUAUGAGGGCUGAGAAGCCGCCCGGCACGAGGAAGAUGAGCGAGUUUAGAAUCCUUAUCAAUAUUGCUGUUGGGGGCAAUGUUUGUCAGGGGAAUAUGCCUGAUGAUGGAUGCUAUGAGACGGUGGUUCGGGAGUUGGCUAUGUGGGAUGCGCCGCCUGGUGGCUGGAAUGAGUUUGAUAGGGCUUGGAGGGAUUCCAGAGAUGGAAAGACCAUGUAA